CCGUCUUUCCGGGAUGCUGAAUGUUUUUCUGCUCUGAGCAGGCUCGUUGUUGCUUCGUAAAGCGCAUGCGUGUGGGGAGGAAGGGGGAACAAACAAACAAACAAACACCCCACCGAGCGAUGGAGAAGAAGUAGGCUAGAGCGGCGCCCCCCACCAGAGGAAGACGAAGGCGGCGCAAAGGAUUAACGGCCCGAGCGCUCGGUUCUCCUGCGCUCUUGGGUGGUUUAUAUUGACAUCUUGGAGUUCCCCCUUGGCAUUGUGACUUCGGUGCAAAUCCUUCAAGAUGCCAGCAGCGCUUGCAGAAAAUAGUCAAGUGAUCUGUGAAGUAUGGGCAAACAAUCUAGAAGAAGAGAUGAGAAAAAUUCGGGAAAUCGUUCUUAGCUACAGCUAUAUUGCAAUGGACACAGAGUUUCCUGGAGUUGUUGUUCGACCAAUAGGUGAAUUUCGCAGCUCUAUAGACUAUCAGUAUCAGCUUCUCCGGUGUAAUGUUGACCUCCUGAAAAUUAUCCAGCUAGGCCUGACCUUCACAAAUGAGAAAGGAGAAUAUCCUUCUGGAAUCAACACCUGGCAGUUUAACUUCAAAUUCAACCUUACGGAAGAUAUGUAUUCUCAGGAUUCAAUAGACCUUCUUGCAAGCUCCGGACUGCAGUUCCAGAAGCAUGAGGAGGAAGGGAUUGAUACCUUACAUUUUGCGGAGUUACUUAUGACCUCUGGUGUGGUGCUCUGUGAUAAUGUCAAGUGGCUUUCAUUUCACAGUGGCUACGACUUUGGUUAUAUGGUGAAAUUGCUGACAGAUUCAAGGCUUCCAGAAGAAGAACACGAGUUCUUUCAUAUCUUGAACCUUUUCUUUCCAUCCAUCUAUGAUGUUAAGUACCUAAUGAAGAGCUGCAAAAACCUGAAGGGAGGCCUUCAAGAAGUUGCUGACCAGCUAGACUUACAGCGGAUUGGACGGCAGCACCAAGCUGGGUCAGACUCGCUACUCACCGGGAUGGCGUUCUUUAGAAUGAAAGAGUUGUUCUUUGAGGAUACAAUUGAUGAUGCAAAGUACUGUGGGAGAUUAUAUGGCCUUGGUACAGGAGUGGCUCAGAAACAGAGUGAAGAUGUAGAAACAGCCCAAGAGAAAAUGAGUAUUUUGGCUAUUAUCAACAAUAUGCAGCAGUGACAACUAGAUGGCAUUCAGUAUGACAUGGGUCCAUGGAAGUAAACCACCUUCUUCACAUCUCUCAAACAAAUGGUGGAAGAACUAGUGUUUUUUUUGCAAAGGGCAGAAUGCGUCUUCACUUUGAAUCUUGAUAGAUUCUAAUCAAGCGAUUCCAUAAUGGCUGGUAGAGUGUUUUGCCCUUAUGUAAAAACCAGAUACAAACUACAGUGUAUAUAUACUACUUUUCUUUUAAACCUUACUGAAUUUGCAAGGAGUAGGUCAUUUCAGAACUUUCAGCAGAGCUGAGGUUCUCUCAUGCACUUGCAGAUUUAGCUUUUGAAAGCUUAUUUUAAAACUUCUUUUGCUCUCUGUGAGGGUGAUGUGUUCCUAAGCCCUCUGCUAGUUUUUAUCUUUUGUGUAAGUUAAUCUGUGAAAGUGAUCCAUUCAGCCCUGGUGGUGGAGACAAUGCAUGAACCGCAUUGAUCUGUCCUAGUAGCAGCCAUAAUGGUUGUCUUGGCUAGUAUUACAACUAGCUCCUCCUUCCUCUAGAUUGCUGGGCCAUGUAUCAUAUCAGUAAGUUUAAUCUUAACUACUGUAGAAUGGAAUAAAACUAUCUGCAUGCUUGAGACUGCAAUAAUAAUUGGGACCAAAACUGGUUUCACUUCGAGUGAAAUACUUUGCUCUUCUGGCAACAAGAUAUUCAGCAAGUGGAUAAAAUCACAAGUGUAUCUACCAAUGAAGGGCUAGUAAAGCUUUUAGAUUUCCCUUUUAUACUACUUGAAGAGGAGCCCUAAAUUGUUAAUCGUUAUAGACAAAAAGUGCAUUUAAUAGUUUUGCAAGUCUCAUAAUUCUAAAAAACCAAAAUCCUGUUGAGGGAGAGACAGAAUCCUGAUAGUGUGGUAUUUUAACAAGCUUAAACUCUCCAUUAUGUAAAGUAUUGCAAGCUGCUGUUAUAUGCUUGUGUAUAUAUCAUUGGUUCUUAAUUUUGUAAAAUAAAGAAUUUUCUUAAGGCAUGA